GCUCGCGGGGCCCCUGGCGGCGGCGCUGGUGCGGCGCGCGGGGCGGCCAGGGGAGGCGGCCAAGGCCGUGGAGCUCUCGGCCGCCGGGGCGCACGAGGCGUACCGCUACGGCGCCCCCGGCUGAGGCAUGGCGGCCCGCGCGGCCGCGGCGGGCGGCGCUGCGGGCCGGCCGUGCCCGAGGUCCUGGGGCGCAGCCCGCUCCCCCCCCCCCUCCCACGGCGUGCGUCACGCCGCCAUGCAGGGCGGACCGCGUGGCUGCGGCCAGCGGUUGCGAAUUCGUUCCUAGGUGGCGCGCGGCCCGGCCAGGCAGAAGUCGGCCGUCCUUCUGCGCCGGACGGGCCCACCAAAAGCGAGCGCCAGGCGGUCCUGCAGAUGCGCAGGCCACCGGAGCUGAAGCUGGAGAGAGCUGCCUCGCGUGCAGCCGUUUUGGCUCAAGCAGGCCUCCAACAUUUCCAGGCCUCCAACACACGCCCGCGCUCGGGGGCCAUGGGCGACCCGGGCUCGGCCUCGGGCGGGGCCGCGAGCGGCCCGCACGCCCUCGGCAUCUCCGAGAUGCUCAUCGACCAACUCGACAGUGCGGGCUUCCUGGGCGAGAUCGACUACCUGUACCUGCCGAUAGAUUUCGCGAACCGGUGCAACGUCGGGUACUGCUUCUGCAACCUCAGGACGGCCGCCGCGCGGAAGCGCUUCGUGGCCUCCUUCGACGGCGUCGCCGCCCAGUCGUGCCUGCCUGGCUUCAACAGCUACAAGGUGUGCCAGGUGACGAAGGCGAGGUGGCAGGGCCGGGUGGAGAACGUCAGGCGCCUGCGGAGCAGCCCCGAGCUCAUGGCCAAGCUGGUGCAGCACCCGGAGUGGCUGCCGCUCCUCAUGACGGAGUCCGGCGAGCCGGAGGUCUUCCGCUGCGACGGCGGCGAGCUGCCGCCUCCCCGCACGGGCGCGAAGCGGCAGGCCAGGGCGCAGCCCUCCCGGCCAGCCCGUGGCGCCGCGGCCGGCGGCUCGCAGAGGCAUCCUGGCAGUGCCCAGGGCGGCGUGCAGGGCUGGCCUGGCAUGCCAGAAGCGUCCAGCGGCUUCCUGGGCGGCCGCGGGAGCGGCGGCGGGGGGCGCGGCGGCCCGUUCGGAAGCCUCGGCGCCGACAUGGGGGCCUACGUGGACCCGGCGGUGUCGUACGGCAUGCCAAUGGUGAGGGGGCUGCCGAUGAUGGCCGAGGGGGGCGCCCAGCACCUGCCCUACGGCGGAGGCUUCGGCGGCGGCGAUUACUUCAUGCCCCAUGGGCUACGGCUUAUCCUGCUGGUGGAGCAGCCCGACCAGGCCGCGGGCGGCGUGGAGGCCUUCCGCGGCGCGGGCGGCAGGCCGGGCAGGGGCACGGGCCGCGGCGGCAAGUGGCGCGCCGGCGCCCGAACCAGCUUCGGCACGCCCCGCGACGCGGCGGUCGAGCUGCUGCGCGCGGUGGCGAGUGCGCACCGCUCGCGGAUCACGGAGGCGCAGGGGCAGGUGGAGUCCCUGCGGCGGGAGCUGGGCAGCCUGGAGGCGCAGUGGGACGCAGCUCGCGCCCAGGCCUCGAUGCACUGCUGCGGCCUGCUGCGGCGUUUCGCGCUGGUGCUGCAGGCCAAGGUGGACCGGGAGAGCGCUCUGCGUCGGGAGGCGCGGGAGCGUCAGCUCGCAGAGUUCAACGCGUGCGCGGCCGCCGCGUCCUCGCGCCCGGCUGUCCUGCCGGCUCCUCGUUCCCCGAGGAACACCUCGGCUGGGAGUGCAGGGAGUACCACAUCAAGGACAACACGGCGCACCACACCAAGGACCGGCGCCGCCGCAGAGAAGCCGGCGGCCCUGCCGAUGUCAGCGGCGGAGCGCCGUGGGCGAGGCCGGGGGCGAGGCGCCGCCACAGCGCUAGUGCCGCCGGCCAAGCGGCGGCGCGCCGAGGGCGGCGGGCGCAGCGCGGGCGGGCGGGGCCUCUCCAUGGCAGGCCGCGAGCGCAGUGGCUUCUGCCGCCAGCGCAUCCAGGGGCCCAGCGGCUGCGGCGCCCAGCAGGCCCCCCGGCGUGGCGACGUCGACGCUGGGGCUGUUUGA